AACGUGGAAAACAAAAUGUAUUCCAGAUAUAAGAAAUGGUGUGACGAUUAUUUCUCUAUCCCGCACCGGGGCGAGCGGCGCGGCCUCGGUGGCAUCUUCUUUGAUGACCUGGACACGCCUGACCAGCAGUCCGCCUUCAAGUUCGUCACAUCUUGUGCGGAAGCCGUCAUACCUAGUUAUCUGCCUAUUGUUAAAAAGCAUAAGGAAGACGGGUACGGCUACCGCGAGAGGCAGUGGCAGCUGCUGCGGCGCGGGCGCUACGUGGAGUUCAACCUCAUGUACGACCGCGGCACCAAGUUCGGGCUGCACACGCCCGAGGCGCGCUACGAGUCCAUCCUUAUGUCGCUGCCGCUUAACGCUAAAUGGGAGUACAUGCAUGUUCCGAAAGAGGAUUCCCCGGAGGAGAAGUUACUCAAAGUUCUUCGGGAGCCCCUGGACUGGGUCAAACUGCAUAAAGAGAAGCAGAGCCGAGCUACCACAUGAAAAGUCAUAUCACUUCGGUUGUGGGGUCAGAGUUAACUAAAUAUUAUGUUAUUAUACACUCGUUAUUUUUAGAUGGUGUUCGAUUAUACUUUUUUUAAUAAUGUU